AUGACCCUGGCGAAGACUGCGAGGAAGGAGGAACCAGAGGAGGAUCUGUCGAAGGGGGAGGUCAGUGCGAAGGAGGACGAGGGUGCAGUGUCUCCAGCCUGCGGUGGCGGUUGGUGGGGUGGCUGUCAUCACCAUCACGGAUGUUGCUGGCGUCGCUGCUGCCACCACCAUCAUGGCUGCGGCUGGGGUUGGGGUUGGUAAACACGCAUAGUGCGUCAUUUCCUGCUAGCCAAUAAAGAGUUUGUCACUUACUUGUGCCUUGUCUGCUUGAACUACAUGUCAAAUCUGUGAUGUCAAAGAACUGUUUGGAUUUACAUCAAAAGAUUAGUUUUGAGCUGGAGUUCUUGUGGAAAUGCGGACUAGGAAGGGCGAAAUUUAACUAACCACCCAACCGUCCUUCUCUUAUAAUCCAAGCCUACCGUACUCAGUGUGGCCGUACUAACUCCGGCCUUGCUGAUACGCGGAACCAUUGUUAACAGAGUGCUGGGCAUUUUCUUACAUCUGCUAUGUGUAAUAGUGUAUUUUAGGGUAAUAGGCAAUGCACUUGCUGACCAUAUUGUAAACGGCACAUACAAUAUAAAUGUUAAAUCCACGUCUUACUAAAAUGUUGUGAGUAACUGAUUUCUUCACGGCAAACGUUUUUUUUCAGCACGGGGCUGCGAAGUGUGCGGCAGGCAGUCGUUUAAAUGUACUCAUGAAAUUUCGAGUGCAGUUAUAUACAAUCAGCAUAAUGUGCAUUCAUUUGCAUAGUUUGAGAGGGAAAAUUUCAUUAAAAGUCAGGGAUGUGUUAAGUAGGGAUGAAAUCAAGAAAUGAAAUUUACGGCUGGCCGCAGAUUGGCCUGCAGUGAGAGUCGUCGUUUAUCAAAGAUCAAACGAUCCAGCUGCCUUUUGAAUACAGCCAUUGUAUCAGAUGCCACCAUUUCACUUGGGAGUAAGGUCCACGGUCGAACAACACGCUGGAUGAAGGAAAACUUCCGAUGGUCUAGGCGUGUACGCUCCCGCUUGACUUUGUACGGAUGAGCGCGCAGGUGACUCAUGGUCGUGAAUUCAAAGACCUCUUCGGUUUUGAGCGAGCAUUCAUGCCCGCGGAUAAUGCGGAAUGUCCAUAACAGUUCACGCCUCAUUCGUCUAUAGGAUAGGGUGAACAAAUUUAGAUGGAUCAGUCGUUCUGGGCAUGAAAAAAGGUAUGAAGCUAAGAAAAGGACAAAGUCUAGUUUUUAACCAUCGGGAUGGCGAUGCUGGUCACUGGACGCCGUGGUGUGGCGUUGUGGUUUGAUGGGGUUUUUACGGCACUUUCGUGCCCCAUACAGUGGUUCGGUGCGUUGUGUGCGAACCCGGCCUGUGUGUGGCACACACACUGUCGGGUUGCUUAGCUCUAUCAUCGCCUGUGUCCGCACCCACCGAUGGCUGUUUCAUCAUUGUCUUGCUCUUGGGGUCAGGUGGGUGAAGGAAGUGUGCGUGGCAGAUACUGCGCUAGCCAGCAAAUGUUUCCCUAGUCAGACCGGCCCUACGUGAUACCGAAUGCUGAGUAGACCCCUUUUUAAGUUUGUCAUGGGAGCAACAGUCGAGAAUGAGAUAUAUCAUUGCCGUCCUGCGCAGUCUCCUUAGCCAUAUGUUUGCAUACUGGUGACCAUCUUGACUUAUGCUCUGGCUAGGGAAAGAGAGUAAGAACUCAAUUCUGUAAUGGCUGGCUUAUUUGUCCCCCAAAAGGGAAUCCUUGCAGGUGUUCAUAGUAUUGAGGAAAACAGAAUUUAUGCUGGCCCUUGCGGAAGCCCAAAUGUCUGUUGGAUAGCAUUUCCGAUGAGGAAAACGGUCGCGACUGGGCCCUGUUCCUCAUCGGAUCCUGCUUCCACACCGUGUGCUCUCAAGUUGGUUGCCAUGCCGCAGUGUAUGCUUUAAACUGCCAUCAGAGUGUCUGCUGUCCUCGGCUCCGCGGGGACAAACUUGCCCGUAGUUUUGGGAGGCAAAAACAGUCACCCUCAACUAUAUGGCGGUGAAGGCGUGGGUGGUUAUAGCGGUUGAAAUUGCCGGGUUUGUCAUGGGAGGAAUAGUCGUGGAUGAGUUAUAUCGUUGCCGUCCUGCGCAGUCUACCUAGUUUGCAUACUGAUGACCAUUUUGACCUAUGCUCUGGCUAGGGAAAAAGAGUAAGAUCUUAAUUCUGUAAUGGCUGGCUUUUUGUCCCAUGGAAGCGAAUCUGUGCAGGCGUUCAUAGUAUUGAGGAAAACAGAAUUGAUGCUGGCCCUUGUGGAGGCACAAAUUUCGGGUGGAUAGCGUUUCCGAUGAGGUAAACGGUCGCGACUGGGAUCUGUUCCUUACCGCAUUCUGCUCUAAGUUAGGUGGAAAAAACCUCCACUGUGAUUCUCGGACACGUUCCAGUGUUUUGGAAAUGUUUCCGGACUAGUAAAGCCUAGAUUGCAUCGUCUGAACCUACGGUGUCUCACUCAGAAUUUUGACGGGGAGUGUUUUAUGUUAUUUGUGCAUAUGCUCCCCCGGCGUCACUUCCCGCUUAGAAUGACCCCCAACCCUCUAGCGCCCAAACUUGCGAAUAAACGAAAUUGCAAAAAAUGGCGGUAUGAGCACCAACCGAUGGCAUAGGCGAACAAAAACGCCAACAUUGUACUUAGGCGUGAAUUUAAAAUAUACCGACAUAAUAACAUUACCAACAAAGACAAGGGAGACUGGUCGUUGUCGGUAAUGCCAUUCUGCCUAUAUCAUACGCAGCUGUGCGGCUGCUGGGUGGGAUCGAGAGAAAGUCCGUAAGGCACAACGGAACGAGUGAGUUUCGUAAGAACGAUCGGUGAGCGCCCCCUUCCAGUUCAAAUAUACCGCCUAAUACUGAACCUUAUGACUGGCCUUAGUCAUAAUGUCCAGCAUUAGCUCACAUACCCAGCCUUUAUUCUUAAACUACAAACGAAUUUAACUCCAGCCUAAAUCCAGCAAAAUGUAGGUGUUAAUUUUAGGCAGGGGAGAUGGCGACUAAUGAAUCUGGACCUACGUCUCCUGCCAGACGUAAAUUACAUCAAUGCAAUUCAGGGCGUGAAAACCAUCAUGUCCUAGACUUAAGCCCAGCUCGCCAGCACAUUCAUCUCCUCUACACGUACUUGCCUUGCUGAAUUUAUUCCAGGUGCAUUACAGUUCAAGGAGCUGCACAACAGAUUCAGUCGACCGAAGUGGGGUCCGGAUGACUUGGCGCAGGCGUUGACCGGGAAGAGUGCGGAGUCGGCUCACAAGUACCGCCGUCUAUGCUUGUAG